ACACCUCCAACCACGGCGCUCCCCGGGCCGCAGCGCCAGGUUCAGGAGCCCGAGCGGGCGGAGCCAGCAGCGAUGGGCGGAACCGCUGUCCUCCCAGCGCGGCUGGGCCCGCCCCCGUAUCCCACAGUGCCCCGGGGCCGGAAGCGGGGGGCUGAGGCUUCCGGAACUUCCCCAGCCAGACUGGGCAGUCUCUGCCGAGCUGGUGAGAGUUCGCGUCGUUUCUUGUUAUGGCCGCCGCUGUCGCCAUGGAGACAGAUGAUGCUGGAAAUCGACUUCGGUUUCAGUUAGAGUUGGAAUUUGUACAGUGUUUAGCCAACCCAAAUUACCUUAAUUUUCUUGCUCAAAGAGGUUACUUCAAAGACAAAGCGUUUGUUAAUUAUCUUAAGUACUUGCUGUACUGGAAAGAACCAGAAUAUGCCAAGUAUCUAAAGUACCCUCAGUGUUUACACAUGCUGGAACUGCUUCAGUACGAACACUUCCGAAAGGAGCUCGUGAACGCGCAGUGUGCGAAGUUCAUUGACGAGCAGCAGAUUCUGCACUGGCAGCACUAUUCCCGGAAGCGGAUGCGCCUUCAGCAAGCCUUGGCAGAGCAGCAACAGCAAAAUAAUACGUCAGGAAAAUGAGAAGCUGGAAGCGGACCGGGCUCUGAAGACAUGUAUAUAAUGUAUGUUUGUACAGUGAGAACAGACUUUCCUGCCUCCCUUCAUUGUGGACGCAACUAGACCCUUCAGUGUGCUUUCUAACCCAACUAACUUUUUAUUGUAACAGAGUAUUUCUGUUAAACCAGAUUGUUCUA